CGCCUUCUCCAAAGAACCGUCAUGAUCGGCUCUUUUUGGAACCUGUGUCGUGCGUGCCCCUCCAUGCCGAUAGACAAGUUACACUCUGAAUACAGGAGUACGUACACAUGGCACGAAUACACAGGAUCAAAUCAGGAACAUACUGUCGUGCGACGAGCGCCACAACCACCAUCAACAAACGAUACGAGCGCAAAGCUACAAUCAGCCAAGUCUACCGAGGAUGAAAACAACGAAGGGACAAGCUUGGAACCGCCAUUACCAAGGCGAAAAAAGUGCCCAGAACUUGCUUAUAGGACGCAUGAAUUUCUUUCGUCGGCCAAUGUAGUUGAUGGAGGUGGAAUCGAUACCCUUGAUUCUAACAUCGUAGCUGAUAAAGUUAGAGAAGUGACAAAGACACUGCCGACAUCACAACUAAGCAGAGCAAUCUCACGCAUAAGCACCGAGUAUCGGUUGCAGUUUGCGUGGCCCCGGCGGCAACAGCUGACGAACGGUGACACAGUAAUCUCAGGCAAAAAUGAUACAUUCAUCGAGCAGCAGCAACAGCAGCAAGAACAGCAGCAGCAGCUACAACAACAGCAGCAACAGCAGCAACAGCAACAAAUGCCCAGAAAAUCCUUAAGCAUGAACGCACUUAAACAAGGCUCAAUUAUGGCUGCCCCUGCUCCAGUUCACAAGAAGCGUCAAGUAGCCUCGAUCGACCACAGACGCAAUGGGUUUCAAGCUUCAGAAUUAGAACCUUUGGUAACGAUUGACGGACCUCUGCCGGAUCCCGAUGAACAUGAUGAGCUUGAUGCUGGCGACUUAAAGAUGGCUGUAAACAAGAAUUCACAAGUCGUCAGAAUAAACGAUCAACCUUUACAAGAAAACAAAUGGAGAAAAACGCAAGAGAGGCCAUUUUCUGCGACGGAAGUUAUUGAGUUAAGACGCGAGCUGAAACGCCUUGCGGGCGAAUACAAGCAUCGUGAUUGGGGAGGUGGAAUUGCGAAAGAGGAUGAGGCGACAUUGUGGAAGCGCGUCUCAAACAACCAUGCGCUAAAUGCUCUGUCACUCGCCCGCUCGACUACCAAGGAAGAAAAAGAUAAAGAGAACACAAGAAAGAUCGAUCCGACAUCAAUUCUCGCGGAGACAACGGCACUGCCGGCUGGGCGGCCCUCCUCCGUCCAAGCUCGUCCCAUCUACGCAGCUCUGCCCGAUGAAUUCAAGCCCGACAACGACAAGGCACUUGCAAGAGCCAGGAAAGAUUUCUUAAUACGUCAUCAUCUCGAUCGUACCACCGGCACUGGUGACGGUGCACUGCUUCCUUCUCCUACGAGAGAGAAGCUGGAGCCCGUAAUGCUACGCCGUCGGGAGGAGCAGAACGAGGUCCAGCCGCGUUCUAAAUCCAGUCCCAAAAAUAGUCCUCGGAACGGACGCUCCCAAAGCGUUGGUCCUAACGCUAUUGAGCGUCGCUCUCCCAAGCGCCAUCCUCAGCGACCUUCUUCCGACGUCAAAGAUAUCAAGGAAUCGAAGGAUAAGGAGAAAGAUAAGGAGAAAGAGACGAGGGAGAAGAACUCGGAUCGGGAAAGGCAUCCGCGACCGACCUUCCUCGCAACCAAUGCUCCUCCCCAUCGCCCUGCUCAUCAUGCAAAGUCCAUCAGCGCAUUUGCGUACGCGAACAAUACGAACAAUACGAAUGUAACGAGCGCGAGCGCGAAGGCACAGUCACAGUCACAGUCACGCUCAGAUAACGCACCGCAAAUCGCGCGGCUGGCCAGCGGUACGCCGGCGAAUCGAGCUCCCGGCCCGGGUUCGCUUCAUUCGAUUCAUCAUGCUGCCAAGCAGGAACGAGUUCGCGGCAACCAUCACCCAUCCAAACCGCCCACGCCCUUAAGGCCUAACCAAGCCGGCCAAGCUAUGACUGCCGAGCCCCAGCUAAACGGCCAGCAUCCACACCAGCUUCAACAGCAAACUUGGUUCAACGACGAACCGGUGGUAAAGAGCCCACCGGAGCCAACGCGCGUAAAAUCUCCCGAGCAGAUGAUCAUGCGUUCGCCCGAACCCGUCAACUGGACCGUGCCCCUCGACACUGGCAAGACCUUCACUGUCACACAAAACGUCCGGGAAGGAGAGCCACCGACAAGAGCGCACAGCGAGGCAAGGAGCUGGACCGGGAUAAUAGGGACAUCGGCACCAUACUCUGCGCCACCGGAGCUAGUCGGUGUAAGCCGCCAGCAACAAAAGUUAACAGAGCACAAACAGCAACAGCAAUACUCAGGAUACAAGUCUCCAGAAAGCGAGAGCAUAUCUCUGGGAAGUUUCAGCGGAACGAAUGGUCAUAAAGAGGGAGAGGACUCGUUGGGAGAACGAGACAGCCCGUUGACAACGAUAAUAAAGGAUGAGCUGGCUCACGAGAUGCGUUGCCCGGAUAAACCAAUGUUUGAAUUUGAAUUGAAGAAUAAUAAAGAUAUGUUGGAGAUGACGACAUCGAUGACACCAUCAGCAGUUGCGCCACAACCACCACAGGACCAACUAGCGAGUGAUUUACUGGAGAAAGCUCGUAAUCGCUUUGAUAAAUUCUGGGGCUCUGGAAAGGGCUCUGAGCAAUAAGAACUAUAUCAUCGCCUGCCUCUUUCUCUCGCUCGCUCGCUCGCUCGCUUGCUCCCUCCCUCUCUUUCUCGCUCGUACUCAGUCUUUCAGUUACCUUUGCUUUUUUUAACCUUAUCAUUAUUUUUACUGUCAAGUAAAAGCUACUACUUUAUCAACUACGAACACACUAUGAUAGCGUAAAAAGGCAAAUAAAAAUCAGUCUAAUAUAAAUAAGUGAGCAACAGAACAUACAAAUGACUAAA